UGAACACGUGGUUUAACGCGGAAAUAGUUUCUAAAUAGAACUUGACCUCGAAAGCAUGAGAAUUCCAUGUGAGCUUUAGUAGUGUUUGUGUUUAAUUUAUUGAAUUUAAUUUAUGAGUAGUUCAUGUGCGUGUUGUUCUGAUGGAUCCUGUUCUGUUAUACUGGAAAAACGAGGGGCAGUCGUUCCUCAGCCGAGUGAAGCUCUGGUUUAAUCUCCUGGAUCCAUCGUCGCUGCUCUCCUCUGAUGCUGAAAUACAGAAGGCCCACUCUCUUCUUAGAAGUGGCGAGAACAGGGAAAAGGAUGCACCUGCACCGACCCUCGCUCUUUCGUCUGUCCACGCUGAUUCUGGAGCUGUUCUUCCUCUAGUUUUCCGGCCUCCAGCAUUUUUGCCAAUAUCAGCUCCUCUGGUGGUUGCCAGUUUUUUACCUCACAGCGGCGUCAAACCAGCUCUGUUCUGGCAGUUUUUGCUGCAGAGUUACAGCACUGGGUUCAACUAUGCAAACAGAAAUUCCUCAUCAGAGCAGGGUAAGACGACGUCUCUGAAGCAGCUUCUGUUGAUCGCUGGGACGGUCUCCUACACAGCGUGUGCAGGGGCUCUUCCUCAAAUUUUCAUCAACCGACUCAGAGUGAGGAGCGCACCAGUCCAGACUUUCCUCAGGUCGAUAUUACCGAUCCCACUCUCAGCUGCUCUGGCCUUCUUCAAUGUCGUCACUGUCAGAAGCGAGGAGUCAGACUCGGGGAUCCAGGUGUUUGAUUCCAAUGGAAAUCCUGUCGGUUUCUCAAAAGCAGCAGGAGAAAAGGCCGUGAUGGAAACUGCGACGUCGAGAGCGGCCAUGUUUGGCACGACCGCCGCCGUUCCUAAUCUGCUGAUUUUCCUUUUACAGAGGACGAGGCUCUUCCAGAGGAGCCCCCUGCUGGUCGCUCCUCUCCGUCACAUGAGCGUAGCGUUUGUUCUCGGGCUGAUGAUCCCGGUGUCGUUCGGUCUCUUCCCUCAGCUGGGGACGAUAAAGAAGGAAAAGCUGGAGGAGGAGCUGCAGGCUGCUGCAGUCGACGGACAUUUAUUCUAUCACAGAGGACUCUGAGGAGGAGCGACACAUCGUAGAAACAAUUAACAGAGUAAAUAAAGUGGUCGGAGCUGAUUAGCAUGAAAAUAAACGUCUUAUUUAACAUCAAGCAGCUGCAGCUUUUUCUCAGAUUCAUGUGAGAUAAAACCACUUACAGGAACAUGAAGAUAGUUUAUGAUAGUAAAUUUAUUUAGUUGAAAUAUUAGAUGUUUUUUUUAUAGAUAUGAAAUAUUACAUCAGUUCAUGAAAAUACAUUUAGUUUUCAAAGUUACAUGAGCAUUUCUAUGUAUUGCACUCUGUCUUAUCUGAAAUACUGAGGCACAAAACCACCUUUUUGGCAAUGUGAUUGAGAAUGGACUUAACAGUAAAACAACAGUGCUAAAUGUACAUUAAUAAAAAUAAAAAAGCAUAUAAAUGAUUGUGGAA